CGCCGGGCUGGCAAGCGAGCGAGUGGAGAAGGAGGCGGAGGAGGCGGGACGAGCGGCUCUAGUCGUGUUCCUCUCUGCUCAUGUGUAGCGGCCACUUAUCGGCGAGACGCCGUGACGGUCCGACUGCUGCCGAGCGCUUUUCUGCGUCUGCCUUGUUGUCUCCAGUUGGUUUCUCGUGCCUUCAUACAGAGUCCCUCUCCCCACACACGCCAUGACCGAGCAGUCGGCGCUUCUCCUGAGGAAACAGCUGGCAGAGCUUAACAAGAACCCGGUGGAAGGGUUUUCAGCUGGCCUUAUUGAUGACGAAGACAUUUACAAGUGGGAGGUUGUCAUUAUUGGCCCCCAGGACACCUUAUAUGAAGGAGGAUUUUUCAAAGCAUAUUUAACGUUUCCUUAUGAUUACCCUUUGAGGCCUCCUAAAAUGAAAUUCAUCACAGAAAUCUGGCACCCUAAUGUGGCCAAGAAUGGUGAUGUGUGCAUUUCCAUCCUGCAUGAGCCUGGUGAAGAUAAAUUUGGUUAUGAGAAACCUGAAGAACGUUGGCUUCCCAUUCAUACAGUGGAGACUAUCAUGAUCAGUGUCAUCUCCAUGCUGGCUGAUCCCAACAGUGACUCACCUGCUAACGUGGAUGCUGCUAAAGAAUGGCGAGAGGAUCCCAAUGGUGAAUUCAAGAGGAAGGUGGCCAGAUGUGUCAGAAAAAGUCAAGAAAUGGCAUUUGAUUAGCUUGCAUGUGCAGAUUUACGGGAUUACUACGAAAGGACUCCGAUUUUAAAAUACUUUGCUCUUCCAUAAAGGCUGGGUUAUGUAUUUUAUUCCCCUAAUCCCUCACCUUGCAACCCUGUUUUCGCUGUUGGAAAAAACAAUCUAGCCACAUUGGUUCAUCUGAAAGGUUUGUUUUUAUAUGUAAAAACAUUGGUGUAUUUAAAAGGAAAAAAAAAAGCAAAAAAAAAACCGCGUUGAGUAGCUUUUCCAGUACGGAAUUGUACAUUUAUUUAUUUUGAAGAUUAUAAACAAUGUAAAAUAUGUCACUACUGUAAAUUACUUGCUUUUAUAUCUGCUGCUGAUUAUUUCUACCUUCUGUCAGGUUUAUUAUGCAAUUUGGGUUUUCUCUAUUCAUGUUGUAAAAAUGAGAACUUUUCUUAUCACCCCUAGAAACACUGUGUGUGUGUGUGUGUGUGUGGAUGUAUGUAUGUAUGCGCAGUUUUUGCACAACUCACAACGAUGAAGGGUCCUUUUGGCUUUUGAGCUUCUUGCCAGUGUUAUGGUUUGCUGCCUCGUUUGCACAGCCUCGAGGUUUGUCAAUUUCAAGAGGGGUCGUUUGGGAUUUGAAAUAAAGGAGAAAUGGUGUUUGCCUUCCAGGUUUCAUAUGUGAUAAUGUAAACUCUCUUAAGCCGUAUGGAUGUGUGUUCUAUUUUGCCAUGCUGAAGAGUCCACACCAGAUUUCUUCUUGUGUCGCAGAGUUGAAAUUAAAGCAAUGUAAUCUGCUGAAGUCUCAAUGGAUGUGCUUUUGUACUUGGAGGGGAGGAGUUUUAAGUCUCCCAGAUGUUGGAGAACCAGAUGCACGAGAGCAUGCAUGGACCACCAAGUCUGCCAGCCACCAGUUUGUUUGGGGAAGUUGUUUCAGAGUGUGGUGAUUUUGUUGUAUUUUUUUCUGUGGCACCCCGAUGUUUGUUCCAGAUCGACAAACACAAACUUAUUUCAUGGACCUCAAGAGUUUGCAACCAACCAAACAAAGAAAGAAAGCAGUGGAUUUUUGUUUUAAUUUGCUUUUAAGCUCUGAUUAUUGCCAGAGUUAAAGAAAAUAUGAGUUUGCCUGUUGGUUAAAUAAAGCUUUGUACCUGUUUUACACUUUAAGCAUUUUUUGGAAAGUUGUAUUUGAAUUCAAUAAACUUUUAUCAUUGCUCUGGUAUUUUUCUACCUCCA